GCUCGCGGGACACUGCCUGCCGUUGACGUGGAUGCUUUUGUGAGGGGAGACUGGGAGUCAGCAGACCUUCUGACGAUUCCAACCUUAUCCAGUGCUCGUGCCGGCACAGAUCUGCAGGAAGGUUCCCCAGAUGCUCCCAUGGAGUGGCCAGUCUCGGAGGAAGGAGCAUUCUUGAGCGACGGCCACGGGCUGGACAAUCCUGAAGAGCUUGGCAUGGACGGCGACGAGGAAAUGGUUCUGGAGUGGGGUGGUGACGACGCUGGCCACAUUACUGCCGGCGAUGACUACAGCUUGUCCGACGAUGACGCUCCUGCCGUGGACUUAGUUUGGAAAGAUGCCACCCACAGUGGUUGGUGGACCAAAGUGAGCUACACCUGCUGUCUGCUUGUCCACGUAGCAUUGACGUAUCCAAGGAAAUUCCGGGGGUUUGGUUUUUAUAUUCGGGGGGUUUCGGCGCAUCCGGGUAUGAGUCGGAUUGACAGGAAUAGUGAGCCAGACACAACGACCGUCAGCCCUAAGCCCUAA